AUGCCAUUGUCAGGUGGUGGGAGGGGGCGUGGCCUGUGCUGUUCACUCAGGGAGUAAAUCAUGGCUGACAGUGAGGCAGGAGCAGCAGCAGCAGGGAUGGCUCACAGCUUCACUCAGGAGUAUUUUCAGAUCCCUGUGGUGACCCGAGCGUACACGACCGCCUGUGUCCUCACCACUGCUGCUGUGCAGCUUGAGUUCAUCAGCCCAUUUCAGCUCUACUUUAACCCAGAGCUCAUCAUCAGGAGAUACCAGAUAUGGCGCCUGAUAACCAGCUUCCUGUUCUUCGGCUCUCUUGGAUUUAGUUUCGUGUUCAACAUCAUCUUUCUCUAUCGAUACUGUCGGAUGCUGGAGGAAGGCUGUUUUCGGGGCAGGACAGCGGACUUUGUUUUCAUGUUCCUGUUUGGAGGGAUCGUGAUCACUCUGUUCGGUCUGUUCGCCAACAUCUUCUUCCUGGGUCAGGCCUUUAUCAUCAUGCUGGUGUAUGUGUGGAGUAGAAGACAUCCGCUCAUACGUAUGAACUUCUUCGGCCUCCUGAACUUUCAGGCCCCGUUUCUUCCCUGGGUGCUCAUGGGAUUUUCAUUGCUGCUCGGGAACUCCAUCGUGGUCGACCUGCUUGGUAUCAGUGUCGGUCACAUGUACUAUUUCCUUGAAGAUGUGUUUCCAAACCAGCCGGGAGGAAGGAAGCUGCUGAUGACUCCAGAACUUCUACGAGCCAUGUUUGACCGGCCAGAGGACCCAGACUACCGUCCCCUCCUGGAGGAGCAGCAGCAGGAUGGAGACCUGCAGCCAAAUGGGGAGCAACACAACUGAGAGCCCAGAGAGCUGUGAGAAGUCAGACACUGCCACGGGACUGUAAAGCUGUAUAGACUGAAUAUUUAGCUUUGUUCAGCAUAUUGUAACCACAGAGCUUUCAUUUGCCUUAUCAAGAAAAAAGGACCAGAAAUGGAAGAACAAGCUGAAAAUUUUUAAUUAUGGAUGGACAGAGGCUCCACAGUUUGCUACGCCAACAGCUUCACUCUGUAUAAGUGCAGGUUUUAUACUUCACAGCAAACUGGUUGAGUGAGAUGAUGCGGAUGACGAGCUCAGUCAGAGGGACGCUGUAAUAAGGUCAACAGUAAUGCCACAACUGUUUGGAAAUUUUUCUUACACUGAUGGGAACAUAACGCGUUGUCAUCAGUUAAUAUUUCACCUCAGCUGUCUGUCUGCUCCACACAUGAUGCAGGAAAAGGAGAAGUGAGCACAAAUAUAAAACAAGAGCACCCAGAGCGCAACUCCCCCCGAAGGGCGAGGGAUAUACUGAAACAUUGUUUCAUGAAGUUUUUAUUCCAACAUACUCAUGUCAGCCUGUUUUUUUUUUACAGUAUGAUGGCAUGAGGCUGUUGUAGCAUCAUUGUGACGUUGUAAGCGUCAUAUUGAAAAAAUAAGUGUGUAGCACAGCUCUCUCUGUGCCCUUUCAUAUGAUAUAUUAAUCAAUAUGGUUUCUUCAGCUCACGUCGUUAUUGGUAUCUAUAUGAUGAACACGAGACUGCUAACAGACAAACACAUGGAACCAAUUACACAAAAAAAAAAAAGCAGUAAAAAUUCAGUUACACUACUGCAAAUAAAUUAGGAGAAUGCCAAUAAUUCUUUUUAAAGUUUGUUUUUGUUAUUUUACUAAUAAAUACCAAUUCAGUGAA